UGUUCAAGUCAAAUCUGGAAUGGAGGUGGUGUUUGAAGUGUAGGUAGUGAAAAACGUGUUCAAGGGGCUUUUAUCAGAUGCUAUAAUUUACGGAAUUUAUAUAUCGGAUCCGCCGUUUACAUCACUUGGUUCAUUCCCAAGUAUUACGAUUAUAAGAGAAUAGGGCAUUUUAUUACAGUAACGUUAAGUUCUGUAAACAUGUCCUUAAAGCUGACCACUCAAGCAUACUGUAAAAUGCUGCUGCACGCUGCUAAAUAUCCUCACUGCGCCGUGAACGGGCUGCUGGUGGCAGAGAAACAAAAAAAGAAGGAUAGCUCGAGAGACUCAGUAUUGUGUGUGGAUUGUGUGCCUCUGUUCCACGGGGCUUUGGCGUUAGCCCCCAUGCUAGAGGUGGCACUCACAUUGAUUGAUACAUGGUGCAAAGAGAACAAGUAUGUCAUAGCUGGCUAUUAUCAAGCAAAUGAGCGUUUAAAGGAAGCCAGACCAAACCAGGUUGCUGAGAAGGUUGCUGCCAGGAUCUCAGAAAACUUCAGCGAGGCUGCAAUGAUCAUGUUGGACAACAGCAGAUUCACUAUGGAGUGUUUUGUACCUGUUCUCUUCAUCUAUGAUCACCAUGACAGCAAGUGGAAGUGCAGGGAGCCAAGCACUGACUGCUUUGAGGAUUGGCUUGAGGCGCAGAAGAUCACAGCGGCUCUUCUAGAAAACAAAUCAUACGAGAGCCUUAUAGACUUUGACAACCAUCUGGAUGACCUACGAAAUGACUGGACCAACCCUGAGAUCAAUAAAUCUGUCUUGCAUCUAUGCUGAAGCCAUCCAGAGGUCCUGUCCACCUAACCCAACCAUCAAUGCUUAAAUGGGAUGCAUGUAUUCAGUACUGUUAGUGACAUGCCCUCUCUCACUGAGCAGAAAGAUUUACAAAAGUCUGAAUGAAACAUUCUAAGUGCUGCAUCCUCAUGUUAGAAAACACUGAGGUGACUCUUAAGAGUCCAAUGUCAGAUGUUAUUUUUAAACCUGUUUUCAUGCAAUAGUUUGUAAGAUUCAUCUAAAUGCUACUGGACAAGUCCAUCAUAUUUAAUAUUGCUCAAUAUGGUCAUUUUGUUCCCCUGUUUUGGGAUGAAGCUUUAGUUUAAAUUAGUUAUCAUUAUUUACUUUUCUUAACACUUAAACUGUUCAAAUGAAAAUGUUUUACUUUAGUGUAGAAAUUAAUAUAUUUUCCAUAAGAGAUUGCUUUUAUGUUUGCAACAGACCAAUGAUAAUUUGUUAGUGGGGAAAGAAAUAUUUUUGGCUCUAAAUAUGCAGUACACAAAAGGAAUAGACUUUAGGUAUGAGAUCAUCGUGAAUGAAAAUUGUAUAAAAAUGAAUAAAAAAUACUUUAUUUCCAAAUGUC